AGCCGACCGUCAUUGCUUCCAAAGAUGGCGGAUAUGAUAAUCCCCGCUCCAUUCUGAUUGGUUGCCAAGUGGACUGCCACGAUUACGAAAUCUAGUUGAGUUUAAUUGCAGCCAUUUUCCCUGUCCUGUUUAUGUUACUUAUCUCCAGAUCUCGUUUUUUCUAUCUUUUCCCCUUAUCACUUUACUGAUUCGAAUCCCAAUAAAAAUUCAAUUCCCAAAUUUCCAUGUCUUAGGGUGAGUUUAUCCAAUUUCAAUGUGUCAGAUAGGUUAAAAUCUCAUGCUACCAGCUUCGGGUAAAAAUUAGUCUAUUUCGGGUCGAUUUUACGGGAGAUCCGUUGCAGGUCUCGUGAAAAUGCAACAAAAGACCACGGAGGUUUCUGCAGUUUUAUAAAACACAUGGUACUAUUCACAUUAUCAUGCGAAUAAAGCAAAAUAAGUUGAACUCAAAGUCACUUUUCAAUGCUUAGUUACCAUUGUUUAUGGAAGAUAUGCUGGUAUUACGAUUAGUAAAGAGGAAAUAUUUUGUGUAGUGCUUCCGUAAACUCUAGAGCUAUGUUAAUGGAAAAGUGGGAGUAUGGGAUGUCCAACUAUACGUAUGUAAAACUUCCAUUGUUUUUCUGAUGUUCCGGAAAAGCAAUGAAAAUUUCACGGCCAAACCAUCUAGCCCAGAGAACAAGACCAAAAUAUGCGAGCACCGCUUCUAUAAUCAAAUACUAGUAACCUAUGUAUUUUCUCUGAUUUUUAAAGGCCCCGUUACCCAGCCAUAAAUGAAAUAAAACCGAUUGCCGUGUGGUGUAAUCGUCUUUUAGUUGAGAAAUAAACAACCCAGUUACUCCAUAAGUAGUUCAAGUUAAUAAAAGCCAACCGAAAUCGCGUCAAACACCAACCCAUGAAAGCUGAUGAAAUAAACGAAGCGACUAACCUCUUUAGUUCAGGGCCAGUCCUGAAACUACAUUUUACGGUUAAAAGGCAUUAAACAUCAUAAAGUUGUUUUAGAUGGUCAGAAGACUGCACUCAUUCAGUCUUCACCUAAUAGGACUAUGUUAUCUGCUUAUCCCUAGUGAAUAAAUGAACUUCCUGUUAGUCGAUCAGCCCUUAACAGUUAUGCUAUGGAAGCGUUAUCUACACAGGAGUGUCCAUGAAAAGUUGAAUAAAUCAACUCAUGGGAGUGCUAAAAUAUUUUUAAGAGUAUGUUUCUAAUACCAACGUUAAACGAAAUAUCCACAGAGUCACGAUCUAGCAUUUUCUGUUGAUUUGUUGGUUCGAUAUCUAAUCCUUAAAAAUAGUCAGUCCUUGGAAUUCAGUGUUUUAAUUUAGUUCAGUCUGUGUCACCCGGUUUUGUGAAACAGAAACUAGGUAUUCAAUUGAGGACUCUUGCAUUUUCCACUAAUUUAAGUGGAAACCUCUUUCUGAUCUGUUUUUGUAUAUCUGAGUUUCUACCUAUUGAUACUAAUGAUUCAUCGCUCCUAAAGUGAUAUCCUAAUUCAGUUUACAGUGCAGUAAAUUUUGAAAUGUUCCUCCUUGAAGAUUAAGCCUCACCGUGAAGGUGUUCACUAAUAAAUCUGCUACCGCAUGUUUUGGUAAAUGCUUCCGGUCGCUGACCACUAAGAAUAAUUAGAUCCCACCCUACGUUUUUCGGUCAUGUUUUAAGAACGAUAACUUCGCAAUUUAACCACGUAGCUCAGAGGAAAUAAGAGUAGUAUAGGUCUUUAAAUUGUGUCAGGAACCACUAUUAUUUAUUCACUAACUAGAAGAAACUUUCACUUUGUCAUCUAAGUACAUUCACACUAUACUGCGUUAUAUUAACAUAUGUCCUUUCCGGAUUUAGUCAUUGGAAAAUAUUAAGAUUGGUGGGCUUUGUCACCCUGAGUAAUCCUAAUUUGUAAAAUAGUUAUAACUAACAAUAUACUUCCAACAAAUGUUUAGUGGUUUAUAAAUUUAGGCCAUUUAUUUGAACGAAUACAAAGUUCAAAGCACAAUACGAGGAUGGAACUCAGAACUGUUCGCUUAUUUAUACACGUACUUUAGAGUUUCAUCAAAGUAACAGUCAUCUCCGUACCAUAAAUAAUCAAAGUUUAUCAAGUAAAAUGGAAAUGCCUAGUUAAGUUUGGUUAAAUUCAUUCCAGCUCCGCAGUCCCUGAAUAGAACUAAACAGUGUUUGUUUUCCCAUUCGUAGCACCAGGUUUUUCUAAAAAUGUGAGAUCCUACUAAUCUAUGUUAACUGUAGACAACUCUAUAUUAGUCAAAACUCAGCAACCGACACUUUUUCGAUAAAGUUACCUGAUUUGUGUGAUUAUAUUAUGACUAACUCGAAUUUUCAAAAACAAAAAACAAUGUGUAUAAAUGUCUCCAAUGUUGUGUUAUUCCUAUUUUUAGAACCUAAGUGAAGUAUAGAUCAUUUUGAUAGAUAGUAAGUUUUAUAAAAAUACGUAGCAGCCCAUAACAAAAUGAUCGCAUCACCUUGCCGAACUCUUCACAGUCUGUUCAACAAAUAUUGUUUAUGCUUGGCUAUUUAUAUGUGUGAACCAUGGGAAAAGGUCAUACUACAUUGCAUCACACUGGCAAUAAUUUGUGCUCUUACAUAUACUACCGUUUUAAUUGUCCCUAGUCAACUAUCUACUCUUAUAAUAUUUGUAUGGAAAUGCCUGAAUGGAGAUACGCAUUGGCAUUCUAAACCUAUAAACAACAUUUUACAAUAGUGUUAGUCAUUUUAAAGUUCUUAAAUAUUUAAAACUAACUUUACCUUUUAAAAUAUUUUUCCGAAAACUGAUUUUCUCUGCGUUUAUUCUACUUCUGAAAAUGUUUACACAAACCAUGUGUUUUUCACUAAUAAAUAUGCCUUAUUUUGCUGUGCAUUAGAAGCUGUGUAAUUAACUUUAUUGCCUUUCAAAUGGUAUCUAAAGCUCAAUUUCAGUUUGUUUUUUCUGUUUCUUGCGAAGUAACAACAAGGAACCUGUCACGUGUACAUACUUCAUAAAGCGGAUUAGAAAAUCGAGACGAAAACUGUUGGCUCACACGCAUUAGUUGCUGAAAAAUCAAAAAGAGCAUUAUACUCCCUGUAUAAAUAUUUUCCUGCACGUACAUAAUAUACAAGUUAUUUUAAAAAAUAGAUGUGUAGUGGCUAGCAGUAGAACUCUGGACGCUCGUUUCCUCUUAUCUAUGACUCAUCGGUUGGAUGAAAUUGGAUCCUACAGUUCACUCUGAGACUCGAACCCAGUUCCUAACAUUUCAAAGCCCAUCGCAAUAUCCACUUAGCUAGGACUAAACAUGCAUUUGGAUUCCAUUGUCAGUCACAAUCCAUCUCUGCUCAACAUCAUUGUAACUGAUUAGUAGUUUAGAACUUAUAAUAGUUGAUAUCGUUUCAUAUUAAGAACUAACAAUAUAAC